AUGGGUGAUACCCUGACCUCCGAAAUGGGCCGUUCUCUGGCUUUCGCCGAUAAUUCGGCCAGCCCGGUCACGUUGACCACAUCUACAGCUGCCCUGGCGACAUCUCAGCCUGUAGACUCUGUGACGGAUCCCUGUUCGCCCGACUUCUUGGAUAAUAGAGAGAAGGCGGUGGAGGGCGAAGAGACCCAGCGUCACCAACCCGCAACCAACCCUACUUCACCCAGGCCCCACUCUCCAAGGACUCAGGACGACGCUGUGCGGUCUGAGGAUCACCUGGAAGACGACGCAAAUACCACAACGACAAGUUCCGAAAUCGAAGUUAUUUCCUGUUGCACCUCAGUCAACGGUGAGGCCUCGAAUGGCUCCGGCAAUUCAACUGCUGUACUCCUGGCGGCCACAGAGCAAUUUCUUCAGGGCACCGAGUGCCCUCAAGAUCUAAGCUCCAGAGACCGAUCACUGUGUCAUCUGGUUCGUCCAGUGAGCGGUCGCCGCUCAUCCAAUCCUACCGUUGCUAAUCGGCCCUCGGAGUCCGCCUUACGUGAAGAUUUAUCACAGUUACUGGAGGCCCGUGAGGCGAAAAUACUUGAGCUGAGCCGUGAAAACAUCUCUCUUCAGGAAGCCAACGCCUUCCUGCAAUCGCAGGUGGCACAAGCAGCAGGCAGCGGCACUGGCAAUCUGCAUGAGCUCGACAGCCUCACCGACGAAUUUACUAGACGUCUUGCGCUGACUGAGCGUCGUCUCCAGGCGGUGACAAAGGAGCGUAACCAACUGCGUGCCCAGCUCGCCUCUGAGCCCCGCCACUUGCCCGAUAAGUCCUCAGCUGCGGAGACUUCGUCGGAAAAGGCACUGCAGUAUGUGUUACUUCACUUGCUGUUGUCCAAGCGGUGUAUGAUUGGGUGUGUGUGUGUGGCACGGAGACACCCAGGUUGUGUGUGA